AUGGAUCCUCCCAAAACGCCACACGAGCACAUCAAACAGGUUGCGAACCAUCCCGCCGCCGUUCCCGUCGACUCUGCUUCUCCCCACCUCGACUUCUCCCGACCGAAUCAAUCGCUUCCUCCAGCGUCUGCACUCAGCGCGACACGACCAGUCGACCUGACAACGCCACCCUCACGCCAUGGCGAGCCCCGAACGGUCCUAGCGUCGCCAGCUCUCCGAGCUUCUGCAUCUUCUCCGACCGAAUCCUCCCAGUCGACGACUCCUCCGCCCGUUCUGCUCUCGACUCUCAGUGCGAGUGACGGCGAGAGUAUUCUGUGCAUUGCGGUCGAGGCGGGCGAGGCGGAUGCUGGGAGCGGGACGACUGCAAACGGGAAGGAGGGCAAGGACGGGGAUAGGUCACGCGUGCGCACGGACGGAGGGGAGGGACGGGUAUACGGAGGAAGUCAAGGCGGCGACAUUCAUGUCUGGGACCUCGAGACGCUCUCGCUGCGGGCACGUCUGACCGGCCACGAAGGAGCCGUGCUCGCUUUGCAGGUCGUGCCCACCCAUGGCUGGCUCAUCAGCGCAUCAGGCGACGGAACGGUUCGAGUGUGGGACACCCGCACGCUCUCGCUCCUCUACCUCAUCCACCCGCCGCACGACAACAUCGGCGACAUCCUCUCGAUCGCAUGGGUUGCGGGCGACCUGCUCGAUGAUGACGAGCAUGCUGGGCAUCGACGAGGGCGUGAAGUGCCGGGCACGAGCGGAAGGCGAAGAGGGACCGCGCGGCUGUACGCCGGCUGCCAGGAUACGAGCAUUCAGUGGGUUGACCUUCCUCCUGCGCCUCAUCCGUCGACCGCAAACGACUCUUCCGCCUCGCACCGGUCGCCAGUCCAGUCCCCUCACCACCCUCACUCGCACGCCUCUUCGCAGUCGUACUUCUCAUCCUCGCCCCUCUCGCACUCCCCGCCGAUCUACAAAGCCCCGAACAAGUUCUUCGACUCGAUCUCGCAGGCGGACAAGAACCGCGCUCGAGCGCUCGGCAGCCGGCGAGGCAGUGGAGACAGCUUGAACACGCUCGGAAAGAGCCUGAAGGAUUCGAGGCCGGCGACCCCGAAUGAGUCGGGUGCGGGACAGGGGAACGGAGCGGGACAGGCGGUCGAGUUGCAGUUCCAGGCGGAGUGCAUCACGCCGUUCGCUCACUUCGGAUACGUCUACUGCUUGCUCGUCGGCAAGAGCAACGAUCGAUCGGUCUUGAUGUCUGGCUCGGGCGACGAAUCAGUCAAGCUUUGGCGCCCGACCACAUCCGACCUUCUCCCGCUCGCUACUUUAUCAAGCACCGGCGAAGAUUGCGACGCCGUCCUCGCGCUCGCCACAAAGGACAACACACUGUUUGCGGGUCAUCAGGGCGGCGUUGUACGAGUUUGGGACCUCGACACGCUUACUUGCGUGCGAGUGCUGCGUCCGCACGAGCACGACGUCCUCGCCCUCUCGGUCCUCUCCUCCUCGCUUUACGCCGGCUGCGCGAACGGCUGGAUCAAGCAGUGGGACCUGCGGACUUUUAAGCUCGAGAACGCAUGGGAGAGUCACAGGAGCAUCGUACUGAGCUCGGAGGUGUGCGGAAUGGGCGGAGGUGGAUGGCUGCUGACGGGCGGCAACGAUGCGAGCUUGAAGGUGCGUUCGACCGCAACGCGGAUUCUCGUCCGAUUUAGCGCUCUUCGACGCGCGCUUAUACCCUCACUUCGCUUCGAUCAGAUCUGGGACAUCCGUGCUGAAGACACGAAGGACUCGGCGACGCCGGCUGAACGAGGAUUCCAAGGCGAACUCUUCCACACCCUUGCGAAUUUUGUCGCCAUCAAGACCAUCGCCGACGAUGCGCAUCGGGAGGACUGCCGACAAGGCGCCCUGUACCUCAAGCGCGCGCUGCGAGGGCUCGGCGCCGAGACGGUCAUCCUCCCCGGCGCACCUGACAAGAACCCGAUUGUCCUUUCAACCUUCCGCGCCAACGCGCCUCCUCGCCCGAACCGCUUCGAAGCGCCUCGUCGCAAGCGCGUCCUCUUCUAUGGCCACUACGACGUCGUUCCCGCAUCAGCGCCGGAUGUCUGGACGAACGACCCGUUCACGAUGGCGGGCAAGGACGGCUGGCUGUACGGGCGCGGCGUCUCGGACAACAAGGGACCCGUCUUGGCGGUCGCGGCUGCUGCGGCUGAAUUGCGGAGACGGCAAGAGAUGGAGGUCGAUCUGGUCAUGCUCGUCGAGGGCGAGGAGGAGACGGGAAGUGCGGGCUUCCAGGAGGCCGUGCGGAAGAACAGGGACCUGAUUGGCGACGUCGACGUUAUCCUCGUUAGCAAUUCGUACUGGCUAGGCGAAGACGUUCCCUGCCUGACGUUCGGCUUGCGUGGCGUGAUCCACGCUUCCGUCAAGGCGAGUCCGCACCAGAAUAAACCUCGUAGACCGCCACUGACUUUGCCCUCCUUGCAGGUCGAAUCGGCCAUCUCGAAGCCGAUUCACAGCGGUAUCGAGGGCGGGGCGACGUCCGAGCCGCUGAACGACUUGAUCCGCGUCAUCGCGGGCCUGACAGACGCCGACGGGCGAGUCCGUAUCCCAGGGUUCCUAGACGACGUCCGGAAGAUGUCGCCGAACGAGCAGAAGCUAUACGAGAAGAUCGUCGAGCGGUACAAGAACCUGAACGACUCGGCAAAGCUGGCCUCGCACUCGGCGGUCAGUGAUCCCCUCAAGGCGCUCAUCAACCGCUGGCGGCAACCUGCCCUCUCAGUCCACAACGUCGAGGUCCCCGGACCAGCGCAGAAGUCGCUGAUCCCCAACUCUGCCUCGGCCGCCAUCUCCAUCCGAAUCGUGCCGGACCAGUCGCUCGACGACAUCGUCGCAAAGCUCAAGAGCCACCUUGAGAAAUCGUUCCGCUCGCUACGAACGCAGAACAAGCUGAGUGUCGAGAUCAACCAUGUCGCGGAUUGGUGGCUCGGCGACCUAGACUCGCCCUUCGUUUCCGCCAUGGCCGACUGCAUCUCGUCGCAGUGGAAGGUCGACCCGCUCUUCAUCCGAGAAGGCGGCUCAAUCCCUUCCCUCCCUUUCCUCGAGCGCGAAUUCGCCGCCGACGCCAUCCACUUCCCGAUGGGCACGAGUACCGACUCGGCUCACUUGCCUGACGAGCGGAUUCGAGUCCUCAAUCUGGAGAACGGCAAGGCGAUCGUCUCGGCUUGGUUCGGCAAUAUCGCCUCCCUCGACUUGUAG